CCCGACCAGAAGCUCUAACCCGAAAUGAUUGUAUCCAGUAAAAGAGAACACGUGUGUUCUGUCUAUAUGAGAAUCUGAGCUGAGCUGUAUAUAUUGCUUGUCUCUGUCAUCGCCACUUCUCAAAAAACCCCAACAAACCGCCAAAAAAAACUAGCUCUCUCUCUCUCUCUCUCUCUCUUUCUCUCUCGGUAUCGACUGUAAAUGACGUCCGUUUGCGUUAAGAACGUUGGUACUUCACCGGAGAAGAUAUCGCCGGCGAGUCACUCUCGGAGAAGCUCCAAAACGAAUCAGGAAUCUCAACCGUUGGAAAACGAAGAUCCUGUGGACUUUGAGUUUCUCCUCGAAGAUCCCGUCACAAUGCUGACCGCGGACGAGCUUUUCUCCGACGGAAAGCUAGUCCCGCUUAAGUUCUCCGGCGCGGUUAAUCCGGAGGAGAAGCCUGUGAUCUCCACGGUUAACACGGCGGAGAAACAACCAUGCCGGAGAUUGGAGAUGGAGAUCGAUCCUUACCUCUUCUCCCCGAGAGCUCCUCGCUGCACUGUGAGAUGGCGCGAGCUUCUCGGCCUUAAGAGACUCAGCAAAACGCCGGAAGAAGCUUCCCCGCCGUCGUCUUCGUCGUCGUCACGGUUGUCUUCUUCGACUCCAAAUCCCAAGACAAGCUCGUUUAGACAUUUCCUCAACCGUGGCUCCAAAUCUACAGCCUCCUCCGCAGCAGCAACAUCUCCUGCUCCUCCUCCUCUUUCUCAGCCGUUGAUAAAAGACUCAGACAUCUCUGAGUCGUCAGCGUCGAUAUCCUCCUCCCGUCUCUCCCUCUCCUCCUCCUCCUCCUCCGGCCACGAGCUCGACGACGUUCCUAGACUAUCUCUAGAUCUCGACAAGCCCAACGCUCCAAACCCCUUCGCUAGGUCACGCGCACACCACAACCACUUACGCAACCAGCACAGGAAGCCACGGCGUCACGACGAGACGACGACUGAGAGUGGUAACGGUAACAACGAGACGAGGGCGUUGACGGUGACGGCGGAUAGUCCGAGACUUAACGCUUCGGGGAAGAUCGUGUUUCACGGACUCGAGAGAAGCUCCAGCAGUCCCGGUAACUUCACCGGCGGGCCGAGGAUGAAACAGCACCACGGGAUGCCGAGAUCUCAGUCCGCACAUGUCAGAAUCACUCCUGUUCUUAAUGUUCCUGUCUCUUCCCUCCGUGGUGGUCCAAAAUCAGGUCUCUUCUUCGGCCAGCUUUUCACUUCUUCUUCGCCUGCGAACAGAGCACAGUUACAGAGCAACACUACUGCCAAGAACCGUACCAAUCGAACCAGACUUGAACCGACUAGCGAACUCUGAUAAGCGUACCGGAUUCUAAUUGUACUUGUACCGACUUUAUUCUUCCUUUUUUAGUUGGGGUUAAUUUUUUUUGCAUUUUUAGUUUAACCGGGGCGAUUUCAUCAGAUGAGAUUAGAUUUGAGGUUCAAAAUGUAAAUAAAGAGAAAUAUUUGAUUUUUCAAUUGGUGUGGUUCU